ACGAUAACCCAAAGUUAAAGCUCACACUACUUCAAUUCCUAUCUGAAUGAGCUGAAAAUCUUACCUGCCCAUGGACAAGCUUCCUCGCAAACGAAUGACAAUCACAUCAUAAAUUCAAAUGGUAUUCCUGCCUUUACCAUUUGAUAACCCACAAUCUUAUAUUAUCUCCGAUCCGGCUGCAGAUUCACUGCGUUCUCCAAGCACAAGCAACAUCAAAUUUCCAUUUCGUUGAUUAUUGUACAGUGUAUGCGAUCCGACUUCUACAACUUUCUACGGUGCGGAAUUUUAUAGAUGGACGUUUAACAAGACGCAAUACAAGUCAACAGUUACCCCGAAUUUGCAGUAUAUAUGACAAACAACAAUCCUUCGCGAGAAUUGAUAUCACGAUAUCGAAUUGAUUUAAACCGCUUCUUAGCUGCAUAUUCUGUUACUUGCACAUUAUUAUUGUGCUCAUUAUGUUCCAAGGCGGUGCUGAAGAGGCUCAAUGGCCACCAAGAUCUCCCCGAGAAGCACUAUUAAGUACCCCCGGCGGUCGUGAUCGAUUACGACGAUACGCAACAGGAUUUUCUCCUACUGCUUCCCCUUCGGAACGACGACCCAUUGUCUCGCAAACGCCACAAGCUAUAGGCAAAGACCGGAUGAAAGCCGAUAUGUAUAUGGAGGAGAUGGGGGGCGACGACGAAGACGAUGAAGAAACUUUACAGUUGAAACUACAGGAAAUCCAAGCGCGACUUCGAUUAAAGCAGUUGCAGAAGAAGAACAAGCAGAGUUCGGAUUCAGAGGGCGAGAAGAUCGAGAUGAACGAGCAACUUGAGAGUCACAGGCCCACAUCGCGUCUUUUGAGAGCAAACUCUGCAGCGACAAAUAGAGCGUCUUCGAGAUUGGCAGGAUUGGGAGCGGCAGGGUUAAGAGAGAGACCGUCGCAACGCCCAAAAUCACGUACCGAGAUCAAUGUUCCAGCAUCACCACCGCGCCGUGUUCAGCCUGCUGAACUUCCACAAUCUCCUGGAAGGGUUCUACUUGGUAUUGAUAAAGGAUUGAAAGGAGUAGACAUUUCGCUCAAGAGAGCACCGGGCCUAAGGAAGAAUCUAGAGUCAGAUUUUAACAAUGCGAAGCGAACCGGGCCAUUCCUACAACGAAGUCAGUCACAAACUGGAAAUCGCAUACCUGCAUCGCAAAGUUUUAAUCAGGUGGAGAGACCGAAAUCUUUUAGCGAAAGAAUGGCUGCAGCCAGGAUUACGGAUACUGAGCGACAGGAAAGGGCAGCACGAAUCAAGAAAACUCGCAGCACAGCAUUCGAUAUAGAUCAGAAGCAGAUGGAGUCAUUCAAAUCCAAUGCAAUCGAAUUACCUAGCCAUCCUGCUCCCGCCAAAGAAUUCAGUCGAGAUGAGGUCUUGAAUUCUCUCAACAAUUCGAACGGGGAAUUAAGACGGCAUAAAACUACUUCGAAUUUACGUUCAAUUCCAACUAACAGCAACGAAACAACCGCCAGGCCCCAGGUCCAAGGUCCACAAGGCUCUUUUGAUAGCUCGAGACGUCCCGAAAUUAAAAAUAGCCAUGAAAUAUACGCUGGCCUGAGAAGAGGCUCACAGGACUCUCAAAACUCCUUUGAUGCCUCGAAACGUUUAGCUUUCAGAAACGGCAAUGGUUCGCAGAGCUCUCAAAGUUCAUUUGAUACUUAUCGUUCAGCGUUGAGGAACGGCACUGAAGCAAAGUUCUUGAACAGGCCAGACUCACGUGAUAGAAGACCCGACUCACAAGACAAAAAUGUAACCGCGCGAAGUGCUUUCGAUAAUUUGAAUCGAACGCGUUCGAAUAGCAAUCUUAACAAAGCGUCAUCAGACACUUCCGAUGGUGAAACUUCGCAGUUUGAACCAUAUUCUACCUCCCAUCUCUCCAAGCGAAUCAUUCCCCAUCAAGUACUCACUCGAACCCUUCAGGGAAAGAAAACUUUUCUUAUACCCGAUUUACUUAGGACUGUGAAAGCCCCAGACUUUGCCGGUCCCGAGAUCGAAGAAGAUGUUGUUGUGUUCGCAACCAUCGCAGCAAAAUCUGCACCACGAGCGCACCAGGACCAAGCCAAGAAUGGCGGCAAAUUUAUGGUCCUUACCCUUACCGAUCUCAAAUGGGAAAUCGAACUUUUUCUCUUCAGAACUGCCUUUGAAAAGUUCUGGAAGCUCACACCAGGAACUGUUAUUGCCCUCCUUAACCCCGGAUUCAUGCCUCCAGCUCGAGGGAAAACUGACACAGGUAAAUUCAGCCUUACGCUUAGCUCAAGUGACGAUACAAUACUUGAAAUUGGCACAAAUAGAGAUUUAGGAUAUUGCAAGAGCGUCAAAAGAGACGGUAAAACUUGUGAUACCUGGGUCAAUACACGACACACCGAAUUCUGCGACUAUCACGUAAAUCUUUCUCUCACCAAGACACAUGCAAACCGCAUGGAAGUCAACACUAUGAGCUUCGGCCCAAAACGUAAUCUUGGCGGAGGUGGAACGGAACAAAAAUACAACUCUCGAGAUAUGGCGGGCUACAAGCAACGCCGAGAAGAACUCAAGAGGGGUGAAAAGACGAAAUAUGACAGAGAAAGCCAUAGUCAAAUUUACAUUGGCAAAAGAAGCGCCGUAAGCUUAUUAGACGAUGUUGAUUUUGACCCAGAUGCUUUUCACAGAGGAAGCACCAAGGAAGACCGAAUGACAAAACAACUUCUAGCUCUAGAGAAAGAAAGGGAGCUCGGUAGGAAAUUAGGAAUGAUGGGUGGAGGACUCGGUGCUGACUACAUGAAGAGACGUAAUCCGGCACAACUUAACCCACAAGAUACUAGAAGCAGCGAAAGAGAACUGUCUCCGCCAGAUGCUAGGAAGCUUGGCCUCAUUGGUACCAAGCCUUCUGUUCGAUUGAGCCCGAUCAACAAGCGUAAGCGAGUCAAUACAAUUGGCGGAGUUAAGAAGAAGACUCGCUUCGUAACUGCAAAGGGGAUUAGAGAGGCGGGAAGAGAAAGUUUGGGAGGUCCAGAACUGGAUAUCGAAUUGGACUAGGAGUUUUUGUAAUUUUUCAACGGCUGUAUGUAUAUGAACGUCGGGCAUUCAAUUGUCGUUUUUUAGUGAUUGAUUCGGGAAUACUACUUUGGCGCAUUUUGGGCAUACUUUAUUCGAGUACUAGCAUAUUAUAUCCAGGGAGGGAAGGAGUGAAGGAGUAUCAUCAGUAUCAUUAUUGGCAAUGGACUGGACUUGGACUUGGACUUGGGACUCGGGUUGGGAAGGGCUGAAUGAAUGAUGAAUCAACGAACACGUUUCGCAACUGUAUAUAAAUACUAAGAAGUACAA